AGAAGUAGAAGACCGGAAGUUGUUAGCAAAGUUAGCUUGUUUUUUUAGUAUUUUGAGCUCUGUACUAACGUCUUCGGUUUAGUCUCUGAGAGAGUUUAUCAGCAAAAGUGACUAACUGCUGCUGAUGAAGAAAUAUUCUUACCAGGCUAUAAAAACUUAAUUGUCUUCCUCAACCGGGGCGAGUUCUUUCCAGAACCAGAGAAGGAAUCUGCGUGACAACCGGUGCUGCAAAUCAAGCAACAUACAGCAAAACAAAGCGUGCUACUUUUCAUCUGUUACGUGUCCCUCACUUCAACCAAAGUUUGUUCCGUAUGGAUCCAGACUGCAUCACGAAUACAGCUGUUCAACAGAUGGUGAUGGUUAAAGAAGAAGUCCUUGAAGAACAGGAUGCUGGUGUGGACCAGCAGGACCCAGAGUGCCUCCACAUAAAGGAGGAACUAGACGAACCCUGGACCAAUCCGGAGGUAGAACAGCUCCAUUUGGAGGAGACUGAUGCUGCCACGUUUCCAUUCACUGUAGUUUGCAUAAAGAGUGAGGGUGAUGAAGAGAAACCUGUGUUCUCACAGCUUCAUCAGCAGCAAAUAGAAGAUAUAUAUGUUCCAGCCGGCAGCUCAGUUGAUCAGAUGACAACAAAAACUGUUGGAGAAGCAGAAACUAGCAGGAACCCUUAUCUGAACCUUCAUGAACAGACAUUUGAUUCUUCAGAGACAGAAGUUAGUGGAGAUGAUGAAGAGAACGACGAUGUGAAUUUAGACUCUGAACAUUCAGACUCUAGGCCUGAAACUGGAGAUGGAGAAAGUGAAUGGAACGAUAGCGGGUCAUCUGAGUCAACAUUAAACAGUCACUUGACAGCCCACACAGGACAGACAUCUUGUGCUUGUGACUUUUGUGGAAAAAAAUUUAGCCAAAAGUCACAUUUAAACAGUCACAUUAGAGUCCACACAGGACAGAAGCCUUUUCCCUGUGAGCUUUGUGGGCAAAGAUUUAGUCAAAAGACAACUUUAAACAGACACAUGACAGUCCACACAGGACAGAAGCCUUUUGGUUGUGAGCUUUGUGGACAAACAUUUAGUCAAAAGACAACUUUAAACAGACAUGUGAGAGUCCACACAGGACAAAAGCCUUUUGCUUGUGAGCUCUGUGGAAAAAGAUUUAGCCAAAAGACAACUUUAAACAGUCAUAUGAGUGUCCACACAGGACAGAAGCCUUAUGCCUGUGAGCUCUGUGGACAAAGAUUUAGUCAUAAGCCAACUUUAAACAGUCACAUGUUAAUCCACUCAGGACAGAAGCCUUUUGCUUGCGAGUUCUGUGGACAAACAUUUAGCCGAAAAACAAAUUUAAACAGUCAUACGAGAGUCCACACAGGACAGAAGCCUUUUGCCUGUGAGCUUUGUGGGCAAAGGUUUACUCACAAGUCAACUUUAAACAGUCACAUGAUAGGCCACACAGGACAGAAGCCAUUUGGCUGUGAGUUCUGUGAACAAAGAUUUAGCCUACAGACAACUUUAAACAGUCACAUGAGAGUCCACACAGGAGAGAAACCUUUUGCUUGUGAGCUUUGUGAACAAAAAUUUAACCGAAAAACAAAUUUAAAUAGACACAUGAGAGUCCAUUCCGGAAACAAAGAACUUGUUUAGCUACAACAGUACCAAAAGACACCCAUGAAGUUUUUACAAUCUGUCAGUUUGUAAUCCUAGAUCAGGAUAUUGUAUCGCCCAUGGACCACUUCUUUCUGCCCUUGUAAAAAAAAUUAACUAAAUCGCUCACAAGGGUGUUAGUUUAUUUUAUAAACUGGUGGGGAUGAUAUACAUAAAUGUGAGUGUGGCUUGAAGACUGCUGGGGACAUUAUAAUAAUUUAAAAUGAUUUAAAUAUAGGUAUUUGUUUGUUUGGCCUUUUAUUACAAUAUACACUGCAGUGUAUUGAUGGGUGUUUAAGAGUUACCCCUCAUUUCCACCGGAGCCGUGAUGGAGCCGUCAGCAGCACGUUACUGCAGCAGCACGUCAUAGCUGCUGAUGUGUACCGCUAUGGUCAACAGAACCUUUUCCACCGGAGCCGUAGGCAGCACGAGUCGGCCGCGUCUCAGGAGCAGCAUGUCGCGGCCCUUACGCACCGGUUCUAUUUUCUACGCGCUACGACUCUGAAACGGGUCAAGUUCGACAUUUUUGGGGAAGGAAAGACAGGAAAUCGGACUCAGAAACGGAGCAAAGCUUCCCGAGAUUUUCAGAAUAAAGAAACGUACUACCUUCCCUGACUUAACAUAAACGUAUUGGCGAUUAUAAAACGGACAGAACAUAAUAGACAAACCUUUUGGAGCCAUGUUGUAGUUUUCUCCUGCUUGUUGUUGUUUGUUGACUAAGUCACGCGUGAUUUUGCUAAUGUUGCGUGACUUCGUGCUCUGUCGGUGACAGCUGCUCCCCUGCUGCUUCACGUCUCGUGGGAAGAGCCAAGCAGCAGCAUACGCGAGCAAGACGUGCUGUUGCAGUAACUUGCUGCUGACGGCUCCAGUGGAAAGGAGGGGUUAGGCUUAGCUUCAUGAGCUUUAUUCAGUAAAAAAUUGUAAAAGUUGGAAUCAGUCCUACUGAUCACUGAUUGCGAGACAAGCUCCUAACUUCUGAGCCACGGCAGCACUUGCAAACUUUUGCAGAAAAAUACCAACAAAAUAAUACGUAGCUUAGCUGCGUCAAGUUUUGGUUAAUCCCAUAUUCACUCACCAAAGCUGAGCUUUUCCAAGAAAAAUAUAUAGUUGCGGUCUCACAGUAGGACUGCCCGAGAAAAUUUUUUAAACCAAUAUCCAUCAAAACUGAGCUUUAAGUGCAGUACCAACAGUAAAACUGACAACAAAGUACCAGUUUUAUCAUGUUUGAUAUUAACCUAAAGUCAGUGGUGGUUUUACCAUUAGGCAUAUGUCGGUGGCUGCCUGGGGCCCCCUUAUGUUGGGGGUCCCCUAGCCCUGACUGCUGGCACCCCUCUGUUAAUGCCACAAUGGACUAUUCCUUUAAGACGCCGAUGCACAAACAGGAAGUGAUUGGUAGUCAUUCAACUCCAAUCCAAUGGCAGUAAUGCACCAAAUUGUUGUUUGCCAAGUGCCAUAAGACCACAAAGAAGAAAAAGCAGAAGAAGAAGAGAGGAAGGAACGUUCAUAACAAACUCAAAGCAGUAGUCAAAACAUUAGGCAUGAAAUUGAGUUAUCCUAGUGGCUCCAGUAAGAGAAAGAAGCAGCUUGUUUUAAAAAAGCUUUUAUCUUCUCUUCCGAAAGUGACAUUGUUUUUCAAUGUAAACAUCGAAAGGAAGCAGAAAAGGAAAGACAAUAGAAAAUGUUUAAAGGGAGGAAAACAUAGACCAAAAUGGAAAAUAGCAGGAAAAAAAGAAAGGCAAAAGCACAGGAGCACUGACAGGAAGAAGAAAACAGAGCAAAUACUGAAGGCACUCAAAGGGAGAGAAAGACAGGAAAAAGGAGGAUGACUAAUAAAAAGUGAAAAUAACUCAUGUCAGAAGAGGGUAGAGUUUCGCAAAUCCAGUUAAAGGUAAGAUUGUUGAAAAUUUAGUGUAAGGAGGCCCAUGUCUGUGUUUGCCUUGGGCCCCCAAAUUGCUAAAUCUGCCACUGCCUAAAGUUAGCUAAAGGGCUAGCUAGUGUUUACAAUUCAGCACGCUGGUUGGAUGGGACAGAUUUCCCAGCAUGCCAUGCUUUUUCUUAAAUGUUGCAAAUUUAACAAAAUUCAUUAAUUAUGUUAUCUUUAUAUUCAAAGUAAAAUUGUCAUUGCUGAAAAGAAAUAUAGACCUACAAGUAUCAGAGAAAAGUUGGCCAUAAUUUUUGAAGUUAUAAGUGAACAAGCGACAUCCAGGUUAUGAAGUUGGUUAAAAUAAUUAUUUUCUGUGUGGAGUGGAACAUGUUAAACAGGUCCUUCACUGAGUUUACUUAUUAUUUUUGAAAAUGAUUGGUCACUCUAGAGUUUAACAUUUAGACUGAACAUGAAAAAUUUGUCCUACACAUAUUUCCUGCAUUAGCUUCUGAUAGCAAGGAUUUGAAAAGCCUGACCACUCUACAUCAAGUUGUUUCUUGGACUAUCCCAUAUUGGCUCAUGACAGGCUGUUGUUGGCUUAGCGUCCAGGAAACUGCAGAGAUCUUCUUGACUAGUAGAAGCUAACCACUCAACACAUCAACGUUGCAAGGCAGAGUCAGUGGUAGAGUGGUGUUGCUUUUAUCUAAUCUGAGAAAAGAUGUCCAAAUAUGAGGAAAUGAGACUCCAAAUUUUGCUGUCUGAACCUACCCUCUCCAGGUGAAAUAUACAUCUGACCCCCCCCAGGGAUGGCUGGAUUCUUUACUGAGAGACUUGUGUAAAAGUGGUGGGGACAAAACACCCAUUUUUUAUAUUUGCGGAGACAUGUCCCCAGCGACCCUAGCCAAAAUGCCAACUGUGGCCACUCGUCAUUACACAGUGAUCAGUUGCAGCCUGAGCUGAUGUCCCUGGGUUCCACUUUUGGAGUGUUGCGACAGAAAACGUUUAGCAUGGCAUGUAUGCUCUGCUAUUAAAGUCUGUGUAGUGUAGAAAUAUUUGUCUUUUACCAGUGGUUUGUACUUUGUGAAUUUCAUAAAUAUAACUAAAGAACUCUUCAGUUUUUUAGCCAGUUGUUCCAGGAUUGGCCCCAGCUAGAGUGACAAUAUGUUGGACUUUGCAGCAUUUUCCUUACUUUUCAUACAUCCCGAAAAUCGAGACAGUGUUCCUUUAUUAACAGACUUCUGUUUUUUGUUUAAAGCUGGCACUUAUAAACUAUAAACUGAUUGUGUUAUGAAAGCUGUGAGGGCAGGGUAACCAAAAAAAAGAAAAGAAAAUUAUGUCUGUCUGGAAGUCCAUUAGUACUAUGAAAUAAUGUGUUCCUGGUAGAUAUAAAUAUAUUUUAACCACAUAUUUACUGAAAAAAAUGAGGAUUAAUCCCUUAUAAAAAUUAUGUUGAACAGGGGUGGGUAACUCCAAUCCUUGGGGCUUGCUAUCCAGCAAGUUUUAGUUAUUUCCCUAUUCCAACACAGUUAAUUCAGUGGUUGAACCACCCAUUCAGCAGGUCAUCAAGCUAUGCAGAAGCCUUUCAAAUACUUGCUAAUUAAAACCAGGUGUGUUAAAGCUGGGAUAAACCUAAAACACGCUGGAUAGCCAGGAUUGCCCACUCUGUGUUAGAAGAUUCCAAUGUGCCUCAUUUAGAACAAUUCUAGAAGGUUUGAUUGCAAGACCUAAACAGAUGCCCAUGCCACCUCAACUGACUCCUCAAUGUGGAUGAGCAGUGGAUCUACUCCAAGCCCCUCCCGGAUGAUGCUUCGCACCCUAUCUCUAAGGGAGAGCUCAGACACCCUGUGGAGAAAACUUUUGUAUUCUUGUUGUCAUUCUUUUGGUCACUACCCAAAAUUUGUGACCAUAGAUGAGGGUUAGAACGUAGAUCGACCGAUUGAAACGAGAGCUUCACCUUCUGGUUCAGAUAUCUCAAAAUUAGCAUAAUCUUUUAAAAUCUUUUUGUAAAAAAAUAAUCAUUUAAAUAUAUUGAGAUCAUUUAAAACUACAGGACAAUUAUAUAAAACAUUUACAGUGCUAAACAUAUAUGUUUACUUCCGCAGACAGCCAUUGCGAAGUCCAGUCUAUGUCCAAAACACUGAAGCUUGACCCAGUUGUUCAGUUCGAUGGCUCUCCGCUCGCUGUAUUCAUUAGCAUAUUAUAGUUGUAGCCAAAUAUCGUCCAACUGCCCCCGGUAUUUCCUAGUGCCGCUUUGAAGAUUUCUUAUGGUUGCCACUAGUGUUUGGCAUGUCUUGUAAAGUACCUGUGUGUGUUGAACAUCAUCUCUCAUGUAACCAACCAAACAACCAGAGCGGCAGCCACAGGGUCUUCAGUGUCUGUCGUGGAGGCAAACGCUGAACCCGCUGGUGGUUAGUGAUGCUGUUGAGUUGAAGAAAGACUCUUAUCAGGUCCUUUUGGCCUGUGGGACUUCAGAGGCCACUGAUAGGUACCUGCCGUCCAAGUGAAAUGUGGCUCUGGUAUUCUUGAAAACCUGGGCGUGGGAGGAGAUCAGUGAGACCAUGGAGCAAACCCUCUAUACGGCGUCGAGGAUAUUCUUGUCAACUGUUUGAUGCCUCAGGAGGGGAAAGCAGUGCACUACCAACACUGUUUGUAGUAGGGACGAUGUGCUGCUGACCUCAAUUUGGGAUGUCGUGGAUUGAUGCGUGGGACUUCAAAGACCCUCUCAAUCCCACCAGCACGUCUUCCAGUGAGGAAGCAACGUUUGGGGACUUUUGAUUGGGCUUUCCAAUCUUUGGUGCUGAGGCCAAUGAAGUGGUCAAAAACUCCUCUGUGGACAAGCUCCAGGGGUCCUCUGGAGAGCACUUCGGGAGAAUGGGGUACCAGGCCCUUUGAUAAGGGCUGUUAGGUCCUGUAUGACUGUUGCCAUUGACGGCAGUAAGUCGAAUAACCAAAACAAAAGGAAACAGAGUGUACACACAGAGGACAGAGAGUAGAGGAAUGCGGUAGAGAAAAUGCUUUUACAAUGAAGACAUGUGGGUUAAAGCUGUUCAAGGUGACUCUUACAGAGUCUGUGAUGUUUCUCAGUCAUUGCUGUGUCACAAUGUUCAUCAAAAACAGGUUCCUCAGUAAAUGGAGAGGUUGGUGCUAAACCCCAAAUAAAAUUCCAACAAAGAUGAGGUGCUGGGGUUGUGUUGAUUCAUACAAGUCAAAUCUUUUUAAAGCACAUUAGUUGAAUAAUUUAAUUGAAGCCUUGAUUAUUCUGGGAAUUCGAGAGAAAAAUCAGAACAUUAAGAUUGGAUAGAAUGUUUUUGAGAAAUUAAGUCAGUGAUCUUUUUUCCUCUUCCCUAAAUAUUUACUAUAAAAGAUUUGUCAUUUUUGAAAAAAAAAAAAAUACAUUAGUUUUUUAUUAAAGGCCCCAUGUGUGAAAUCCAUUGAAAUCAUGAGGAAAGUAUUGCAGCUACGGUGGCUCACUCAUGAGUUUGACUGUAUAAUCAAUUUUCAACCUGUCUAGCCUAACCCACACAAAGCUUAAAACAAGCUACUCGACCUCUUUAAAAAAAGGCAUUUAUAAUUAUGACUGUUUUAUCAACCUACCAGUUCUGAAGGCAGCAAGCUAGUUCUGAUAGAUCUUGAAGCGUUCACGACACACACAGGAGGGAUGACGUCAGCCGGGAGGUCCGGUUUGAGAAACUGUUCCCCUGAAAUAUUCUGUCCCCGUGUCGGGAUUUUGUACUUCAGGCUAUUUUCACAAAAUUUGCGAUAAACUUUUACGGGAGAAUGAUGUAAUAUAAUGUAAUACUGUUGUGCAUGUGAUUUUUCUUUAUCUGUAUUUCCUCCUAAAAACAAUAAAGAUACAGUAAAAACA